AUGGUUUCGGAGCUAAAGAGGGAUGAUGAUGUUAAGUUACUUUUAAACUUGGUUCGACACAGUAAGGAAGGUCUUGGAUACCCGUUGGUAGUAGAUUUUAUUAGUAGCUCCGUUAGUGCAGCGGGAUCUACUUUUUCUUCAUGUUGUUUUAUGAGUUCAAGAGAUAAGGCGUCUUCUUCUAAUGAUGAUGGUUUCGUUUGUCAAUUUGAAGAUGAUAUUGAUGUUGUGAUGAAUAAUAUUUUGAUUGAAGAUUUAGAUAUUUCAAAGCUGCCUAUGUCUUUUGAUGUGAAUGUAGGAAAUCAAUUCAUGAGCAAGUCGGUUCUCAAGAAACUCAUGCAUGUAAUUGCUAUUAGGAGGCAUUUUGAGUUUAAAUCUGAAAGAUCCAAUAAUUCAUUUUAUGUUUUGGUUUGUAAGAAUAAGAAUUGUACUUGGAAGAUGCGUGUUGCUAAGGUUUCAAAUGGUAAUGUUUGGGCAGUCAAGAAGUAUGUUAAGGAACAUACUUGUUCACUUGAUGUUGUUAGUGUUGAGCAUCGUCAAGCAAAUAGUCGUGUUGUUUCAGAGUUUUUAAAGGGCGAUUUUAACAUUGAGCUUGCGGAUCGUUUGCGUCCUAAUGAUUUGAGGUUUAUAAUGCAUGGUAAGCAUGGUGUCGAGAUUAGUUACUACAAAGCACAAAUGGCUUGCCGAUAUGCGUUAGCAUCAAUGAGAGGAAGUGCAGUGGAGUCGUAUGCUUCCAUUCCUUUUCUGUGCAAUGUUUUCAAGGAGAAAAAUCCAGGAUCUGUGAUUUCUUAUGAGCUUGACAAUGAUGGGCGGUUCAAGUAUUUUUUUGUGUGCUUGGGGGCUUCUAUUAAUGGUUGGCGCCAUUAUAAGCCUGUGAUCUCAGUUGAUGGCACCUUUUUGAAGAAUGAGUUUUCUGGGACCUUGCUUCUCUAUGCAGUUUUAGAUGCUGAUAAUCAUAUUUUUCCGCUUGGUUUUGCAAUUGUUGAUUCGGAGACCGACUCCUCGUGGGAAUGGUUUUUUGAAAGGCUUAAGGAAGCUAUCGGAACUCGCGAAGAACUUGUUAUUGUUUAUGACCGAAAGAGUAGUAUCCUUAAAGCAGUUGACAAGGUUUUUUCGGAUGCAUCUCAUGGAUUUUGUAUGCAGCAUUUACUUAGAAAUUUAAAUUCAAAUUUUAAAGGUGUGCAUGUGGUUGCUAUAUUCUAUCGUUGUGCCAAGGCAAACCGUAAGGAAGACUUUGGUUACUUCAUGCGUCAAUUGGAGGCAGUGCGACCAGCUAUUCGAAACUAUUUGCUGCAAGUAGGGGUUGAAAAGGAGUAUCCUAUUGAAGCUUUAAUUGAGCAUUUCAGAUCCCUCUUGCAAAGAUGGUUUUAUGAACGUCGAAAUAAGGUGGAUCAGACUUUUACAUACUUGACUAAACAUGCAAAUAAAUGCCUUCGUGAUAAGGAAAAGAUUGCACGUUGCUUCUAUGGCAGUAAGGAGGAGGUUGUUCUUCCUCUUGGGUUUAAACGUGGUGCUGGGAGGCCAAGGAAGCAAAGGAUUCUUUCUAGUGGAGAACAAGAGAAGCGAUCUGUGAAGUGUAGCCGAUGCAAGCAAGUUGGCCACAAUAGGAGGACUUGUUCAAACCCCACAUCUGUUGAUAUGAAUUGA